CUCCGCGACUCACGUCUAUUCCCGUGCCCCACUGUUGACCCUUCGAUCAUACAUCCUCGUUUUUGUUAGCUGCUCUCAGUCAUAUCCUCCUCAACGUGACCAAAAGACUGUCACCACACCGACUCGGCGGAAUCGUACGCCCGUACCGGCUUAGUGAAAGCUUUUUUCCUAGAGCAUCUACUUGGUCCCUCAUAGAGACCCUGGUGCAUUGUAGUGGCCCCAGCAGAUCGCAGUGGGCUCGAGCUUGUCAUGCUCAAGGUCUCUUACAUGGGGUCUUGGCCAGGAUCCUCCUAGUUGACGGCGAGACAACCGUUUGACAACUCAUCCGCAAAUCAGCCCUGGGCCCCAAAGCCCCAGACAAAGCUACUUAGACCUAACUAACGCCUUGUUCUUCGUCAUCUUUUCGACGUCCAGCCUCUACCGGGCAUGAACGCGCUAGGCUCUAGCUUACGAUUGGGAGUCGACUUGAUAAACUACGUUGCUACCCAGAUCCCCGGCUGAGCCAUCAGCUCUCUUGCCUGAUCAGUAAACCGCUGUGUUUUGUUUGCGAAUAAUAGGCCGGCGGCACCCUGCUUGCAGAGCCGUUUGAUCUCUCAACUCGACUACUAUCUUCCCCAGCUAGCCAUCCAUUCCCUGCCUCACCACACCCCCCGACUAUCGAUCAUCGCGACUACUCCCACUGUGGACUUCACCUCUUCAGCAACCCCGCGGUGACCCCUCCAGCACUAUCAACAACACAGUUCCGUCACAUAUUUGCAACCACAUCAUUUUGUUUUAAAAGGAUACCCUUUCCUCCCCGUUGAUACAGCACCGUUUAUUGUGUAACUAUUCCGGGACAUUGAAACUGGCUGCCUUACAGUCACCAGCGUUGCCGACCACCCAUCAGCUGGGACCGACAGCAGGGUCGUGUGGUAUCGAAGGUCUUCGGGGCAUGGACGACUCGAACCGUAUGAGGAGGCAGAAUGAACCGCCGGUCCAUUCGAACCCCAAUCAGAGAUACUCACUUAACGAUCCGUCACAACAGCGCCGUUCGCUCGCUGGAAUUUCCAACGACAGAUAUCGCCCUGCAUCCCUUGCUGGCCCUUCAUCGUCAGGGCGAGGCAUGGGAGCUCCGGGUAACUACAGUAGCUACUAUUCAGAAUCUAGUCCAUCGUUCUCGACGGCAAAUAUGCCUGGCACAGCUAUAGCUUAUGGCUCUGAGUACGGCCACGACUCUCGCCAAGCGCAAGGCUUUGGCGGCUACAGUACCGCAGCUACGAUGAUGUAUAACGUUGGCCAACCGAGCACGCAAAACACAGUUUACGAUGCGCAGCAAUUCAGCUCGCGGCAACCUGCAGCUAUGCAAAUGAUGCCACCAGACGUCGCCUCGAGCUACUUUGGGUCUGAGACUGGAGCCUCAGCUGGCCCGAGUCUACAGCAACCGGCGCAGGGCUCAAGCGGAUCCGCGAAUGUUUAUCAGCAAAGCAAUGCCAUGAAUUAUGCGAGCAACAGCAUGUCCACUGUGAGCGCAAUGCCGCAGGCAACAAACACCGCCGAUGUUUCAAUGACAGACGACCACGACUAUGCAGAAGGCGCCCUCGAGGAGAAAUGGGUCAGUUACCAGAGGCAGCUAGGGAGCAUAUUUCAGGAGAUAGUGAAUGGAUCUCUUGAGAGUGCGUCUGAGACAUUGCUUAGCGUCACUAGCUGGCUGUUGUCUCAGGUCGCAGAUCUAGGCCUUAAUCUUGACGAUACCAACCUCCAUGCUGAUCGUAUUCAACUGUGGAACGACUUCAACCACGCUUGGCUCGGAUUAGGCCAGCGCCAAAUUGAUCUAAUGACUUCAUCUCAACAACUUUCAAGAACGCAAAGUCUGGUUCCAAAAGCUAUGAUUAAAAAGAUGGGAAACGAACUAAUAAGGCUAUGUGACGGUAUUGAGCGCCAUGGCCUGGUGGACUAUCAAUAUGGAGUAUGGGAAGAUCAAAUAACUGCUGUUCUCGAAGACUGUCUGGAUUUAUACGAUGCUUCAGAAGAAGGCAGUGACAGCGGCAACCGAUAACGCACACAGUUAACACUGCACAAGGACUCAAACACAUGUCUCACACACACGGCUCAUUUUUGACACCGAUAUUUGCGUUCAAAAUUCAGGCAUCGCGGCCCAAUGCCCGCAUUGCGCCACUGUAUUGAGCGCCAGCUGCAAUAAGGGAUCUGCUGUUUUCGUUGCGCUUCACAACUGUUUUAUUUUCACGCGUCGAUGUAUCGAUCGUUUUGUUGCGUAUUAUGCUUACCCCCUCGUCACUCGCACUUUACGACUUGGGUUGAUGUCAUGUAUGGUAAGCCCAACGGGCUGUUCACGAGUUUCCUUUUAUGUUGUUUUUGCCAGACUUUCUCCCACCAUUUGCUGGCAGUGUACGAAGGCAUAGGAUUACUACAAUCAUGAUUGCAUCGCGGGGUUCAAUGGAAAAGAGGGUAUGGUCAAUACUCUAUGUAUUAUACGGGUAUGGGAUACAUUGCUGGUCAUUGCAGAGGCAAAUGGAUAAGGGUUUGACACCGAAGGGCGCGUGGAUAAUGAUUUCGGGGAAAGGCGUUCAGACUUGCAUCAAGUUGCCUUGCUGUGGUUGGAGCAAAGGUCAGGUCAGGGUUGGGUUGGGUUGGGCUGGGUUUCAUAUUUUCUCUUUCUCUUCUUCUUUUCUCAUCAGGCUUCCAAGAUAGACUUGGCAGCACUGUACUAUUAUUACCGAGCCUUGCUUUGAGUUAGAGAAAGUCUGCGGUCAUGGGUUUACAGCAUUUAGGAGGGCGGGCAAAAAGAGUGGGACUGGAAGAACCUCGCGGGCUUGCCAGCUAUGUUAGAUGAAUGGGAAUACCAGGAUGAGACGCAUUUUUGAAUAGAAGCUGAUAGAAUUGUACUGUUACUGAGGAGUG